AUGAAGAAACAAACCCUUGAUCUCAGGGUGAUGACUCAAAGAAAUAAAUCUGUGAAAGAAGAUGGUGCUGACAAAAACCAGAGAAGUUGCCCUGAAAAAGUUAACAGAGAAAAUGCCAGUUGUAGUCAUGAAAGUACAGUUGUAAAACUGCCAGUAAUAGCAUCAUUUGCAGGUACCACUAAAAAAGUUGUAAUGGUCAAGCACCCAGCACCACCUCAGAAGCCAAGUUACUGCAGGUCUAAUGGUCAUGUUAAUAGCUCCCCUAUCUCAUUAGAAAAGACAAAAGCUGUUAGUAAAGUAAAGGAAAGAGUUCAUGUGCUACAGAUGGAUCCACAGAAUUUAAAAUCAGAUAAAACUGAAGAAAUAGAUAUUGUGAUUAAAGAUAGUGAUGAAUUUAGCUCUACAGAUUGUGAUACAAGUGUAAACCUUUCAAGAAAAGGAAAAAUAACCAGGGGAAGCUGCAAUAAGAGAAGCAGAGUGAUUUCAAAAGCAAAGCAACAAGAUUUUGAUGUUGAAUUGGGAAGAGUGCUGAGAAAAGGAAGCAGGCAGCCAAGUGUGAGGUCUGCUCGAGAACAGUUGGAAGAGGCAAGAAAUGUGACUAGACCAGACACUUCAAAAAUAUACGAGAAGAACUUCCAGCAGAGCAAACCUGAAGAGCCUACUUCCACACCAGCAUUGCCCGUGAAAGUGGUUGCAAGGUCUAUUGAUGAAAUAAUUGCUUCCCUGCAGUCUCGUUCUCCAUCUCCCUCAGACCAGACGAUCAAAGAUCUCCUGGAGAGUGUUCUUGGCCAGAACUACAACAUAAAAAUGGAAAAGUCACCAGUAGUUCAGAAAGAACUUCAAGCAAGGGAAAAUGAAUCUCGGCCUAAAGAUGAGCUGUUAACGUAUAAUAAGCAGGCUCCAUCCUCAAAUGUGCUACAGGUACAAGGAAAAGCAAUAUCAAAAAUUAAACUAGAUGAAGUUCAGAAAGAGCUACAAGAGGAUUGCGACUUGCAACAAUCUUUGCCUCCUCAGGCUUCAAAUGUCAAAAGUCAACAUUAUCCAGGCAUUCAUCAUCUAUGUACUGCUUUUCCUAGUUUUAUAUUGCCUCCUUAUUUACAACUGGUUUCUAGAGUUUAUCAUACGUCAGACAGAAGAGGUCACAAUAUCUUAUUUGCAGCAGAGGACGCAGACAAUAAGGAAGAAGAACCAAUGUGUUCCAAAUACAUUUGUUUGAAAGAGCAAGCUGAAAGGAAAAGAAUUUGUUAUGGUGGAGUUCCUAUUUCAGAGCAAUUCCAGAAUAAUCAGACAGAUGGGAUUCACUUUCUUCACCGUCAUACAUCUAAAAGUCUAACUGAAUGCCAAAAAGUAGCUGAACGUGGUCUUAAAAAGCCACAACUGCAACUGUUAGGCGAGAAAGUUUCCAUUUAUCCAGAAGCUUUAAAAAUGUUUUGGGCUCCAGCUCCACCAAAGUUCUCUGCUCCAAUUUCUUCAUUAAAGGAGAUUUUAUUUCCUACAUAUGAGAGCAAUGCUAUUGAGGAUGUUGUAUUUGAAGACUUUUUCACUGAUCAUGAAGAAGAGUUAGAAGCUGAGCAAGAUGAUCAUGAUUUCUAUGAUUAUGGCCUGGUGUGUAUUAUGACAAGUUUGAUUAAAAGAUCAGUCUCAGCUCUGGAGAUGACCGCUUUCAAAGAUGAAACUACAUUAAAUAUAUCAGCUAAUUUCAAAACCAGCAUGAAAGAGUUGAAGGUUAUGAAGCAAUGGAUAGCUGAGCCGGAGGUUGAGACCGACAUUGGGAAAAGCUCCCCUACCAAGCAUCUAUUGAAUGAAAUCUGUGAUGAUCCUCAGUCAAUGCAGACAGACGUACCAGUAGAAAAAAUUCCUACUUUGACUGGACAAGAGGAUAGUGAGAAUGACAUUGUUCUUGUGGAGCGACCUCGAAAGGCUGGGAUUAAAUACGCUGUUUUCCCAAGAAGAAGGAAAAGAAAGAAAUCAAAGAAAAUAAUAAACCCUAGGAAAUUAGAAGCUGUGAUUAAGAAAUUAAGCCAACCCCCAAAGAUUCUUAAAAGGUCUGUGUCUCUGGGAAGGCUUCCUAUUCAUGAUAAAUUCAGUAUCAAGGUGUCUUCAGCAAUCAAACAAUAUCAGAGCCCCAGCAUGCCUUGUUUGUUAGAAUUUGAAAAGUUUGCAGAAGUGAGGGGUGGAAUUCCAAAAGAAACUUCUGCUCGUAUAUGGGUCAGUGGAAUAUGGAACUGCUGGUUUGAUGAAACUUUCCCUCCUAGUGGGACUGCUUCUGAGGAGAAGGAUACUGAAUUGCUAAAAGAAACUGAGAUGGUGGGCUCUCAAGAAGCAAAUCGACAAAUAGAACUAGUUGACUCAAUACAACCUGUUCUUGAAGGUACAACAGUUAAUAUUGAAGAUUUAGAAAAAGAAGUAAGAAGACUGACGGAGCUAAUAGAAAAGGAAGAGCAUCCUUCAGCUUUUCACUACUGCAGGCGCGGAGCAAUACAAAGAAAAUUAGGCAAGUUAAAGUCAGCUAUGGAUGACUUGGAAAAAGCUAUAAGCUUAGAACCACUACUGCUUAAUGCUUACUGGCAUAGACAUUUGAUUUACCUCUUUCAAGACAAAAUUUCGGCUGCUUUGGGUGACCUGAAUUUUAUAACUAAAUGGAGCAAAAAUAAAGCAGAUACAUACCUGUCAAUGGCUGAAAUUUACAGGAAACAAGGUGAUAAUACAUUGGCAAUCAUCAGUUACAGCUCUGCAAUACAAUGCAGCCCUACAGAUGAUGACAUUUAUUUUAGGAGAGCUGAGUUGUACGUUGAAGAAAAUCAAUUGUUAUUGGCCAUGGAUGAUUACGCCAAAUGUUUUCAGUAUAACCCAAAAAGAACAGAUGCUCUUAUGAAACAUGGAAUACAUUUCUUUGACCGUUCAGUUUUGACUACAGCUAUUCAAGAUUUUACAGCUGUGAUCAAGGAAGACCCCAGCAAUGCUCAGGCAAGGCUGUAUCGAGGAAGAGCAUAUGCUAAGCAGCAGCGGUACAGAAAUGCAAUACAAGACUUAGCAGCAGCGGUUCGUCUAGACCCUUCUUGUUGGUUAGCAUUCUACUAUAGAGGUUGCAUACUGCGACAGAUUGAUCCCAAAAAAGCUGUGCAGGACUUCAGUGUUUCUGUACUCAUCAAUGACACUCAGGAGAAUUUCUGUUCUUUUCUUCAUCGUGGGAUUCUUUACUCAGAACAGUGUCAAUGGUCACUUGCAAUCUGUGACUUUGAAAGUGUCCUAGCUUUGGACAGCUCUGUCAUCUUUGCUUACCUAAAUAUUGGUUUGAUACUGCUGUUGCAUCUCCAUCAAUACUCUGAAGCUAUUCGACAGUUUACUAAUGCCAUUGAAAUUGAUCCUCUCAAUGUUCGAGCCUAUGUAUGCAGAGCGCAAGCAUAUCGUGAGAUUCAUAAUUUACCACAUGCUGUGAAGGAUAUAAACAGAGCCAUUCAUCUUUAUCCAAAUAAAUCACAACUUUGCAUAUUAAGGGGACAGUAUUUAAUGGAGUUGAAGAAAUAUGAGCUGGCAAGUUUAUGUAUUUACCAACUUGCAGAAAUGGAUGAAGAAUCCUUUACGUCUCAGCCUGUUCAGCAAGCACUCAUUCAGUCAUUUUGUCAAAAUCACGAUAAGGCCAUAGAGUGCUUACAUGAAGCUACCGCAACUCAACGUGAGCCUUCAAUGUUUGUUAUUUUAGGAAAAAUACAAAUGAAAGCCAAGAAAACUAAGGAUGCUAUGAGAAGUUUUAAAAAAGCUAUGAAGCUCCUGAUGACCUCAGCAAAAGUCCUGCCUAAAACAUUUGAGGCUGCAGAAAUGUAUUAUCUCACAGGCCUGUGUUACAUGGAGCAAAAAAGUUUAUUACAGGCCCGUGAUGCUUUUAGUAUGGCUAUCAGACUACAUUCAAGUUACCCUGAUGCUUUUUAUCAGCGAGGGCUGUGUAGAAUGCAGCUCAGACAAGCCAAGUGCAUCCGAGAUUUCAGUCAAGCACUUGCCCUUUGUCCAUCACACUUCCAGGCAUAUAUGAGUUGUGCUGCUUACUAUGGAAGUAAAGGUAGAUAUGCUAAGGCAAUUCUGAAUUGCAAUGAGGCGAUCAAAAUUCUUCCUAACAGUGUGCGAGCUUAUUUUUACCGAGGAACUUUAAAGUAUCAAAAUAAGAGAUUUAAAGCUGCAGUUGAAGAUCUUUCAAAAACUAUCGACCUGAACAAAACAUGCAUUUUGGCAUAUUAUAACAGAGCCAUCUGUUAUCAUGAAAUAAAGGACUUUAGAAGGGCUUUGAAAGAUUAUGGAAUUCUUCUUCUGCUUGAAUUGAGUAAGGAAAUAGCUUUUAAAGUGUUAAUUAAUCGUGGACUACUCUACAUGGAACUUGGUGAUUAUGCUAAUGCAUGUGAGGACUUCAAAGAAGCAACAUUGCUUAGUCCAGAUGAUAGCCAGAUCUUUCAAGCCAUUGGAAUAAGCUGUUAUAGACUUCAUGAGUUUGAAGAAGCGGUGAGAUCAUUUGACCGGGUUCUCAAACUAGAUCCUGUUUCUGUGGAUGCCUAUGUUGGACGAGGAAAUUCGUACAUGGAAAGUAGACGUGAGGCUGGUUGUAAACAAGCACAGAAAGAUUUCUUGAGAGCAAUUCACCUGAAUCCAAAGUGUAUAAAAGCCAGAAUUUGCUUAGGAUACAAUUUGCAGGCCCUUGGAAAGCUUCAGAGAGCAUGGAGCCAAUUUACAGUUGCCAUUUGCAUUGAUCCAAAAUGCCAUGUUGCAUAUGAUGGACGAGCUUCAGUCUGUCUUCAAAUGGGUGAAACUUUUGCUGCAUUUCAAGACACAAAUGCUGCACUAAAGCUCACUACUACUGCUCCACUGCUAACAAAUCGGGGUGUCAUCAAUCAGUUAAUGGGAUAUCUACCCUGUGCCAUGAAGGACUAUCAACAAGCAAUUUCUGUUGAUCCAAACUAUGCAUUAGCCUAUUUCAAUGCAGCAAAUAUCUACUUCCAUAACCGACAGUUUUCACAAGCCUAUUGCUACUAUUCCAAGGUAUUACAACUUGACCCAAGAAAUGAAUCUGCUGUUAUGAAUCGUGCUAUUACAAAUACAUUACUAAACAAUAUUGAAGAAGCAAAAGAAGACUUUGAGAAGGCAAUUUGUCUCUGCCCAUUCUCUGCAGUAGUGUAUUUUAACAGGGCAAAUUUCUAUAACGGAUUGAAGCAAUAUGAACUAGCAGAAAAAGACAUUUCAACAGCAUUGUCAAUUCGGCCUAAUGAUGCCUUGAUGUAUAAAUUUAGAGCUGAUAUUCGUGGUAAAUUGGGUUUCCAUAAGGAGGCUGUAGAAGACUACAAACAAGCAAUCAGCAUUCAAGAACAGACUGAUUCCAUGUGA